UGUUACUUGUACCGUCUGAUUUUAUUCUGUUUUUGGUAAUUUCCUCCAUUACGAACCCCCCCUGGCCUCGAAUAGUCGAAACACGUCGCCUUCAAGGGGGUUCAAUCCCGACCCAGCUUGGGACCAGACAGCCCAGACAGCCCGGAUUCUCUCGCUUCGAAACACAUCAUGGAGCGACGGAGGCUCAAUGGAAUGGCGAACACCGCUUCGUCUUCCUUAACUUUUUCUGUAUUUUUAUUCGCUUUAGCUGCUUUACCAAUGGCUUCCGCACACGAUCAUAGUUCUACGCAUAUUGAAGAUGGGCAAGCCAUUUCGGUUGAGCCGAUUGACACAACAUUAUGGGUUCAUAUCUUCAUACAGAUGUUCGCCUGGGGUAUUAUCUUUCCCUUGGGUAUGGUUCUUGGGAUCGUCAAGUCCCGAUGGCACGUCCCCGUCCAAGUAGUCGGCACAGCGCUGGCGAUCGUCGGAUACGCCCUGGGCCACAUGCACGGCGGUCGCGAAUUUCGACACGAUAACGUCCACUCCAAAUUUGCGUCGCCCAUCUCUUUGGUCCUCUUCUUCCAGAUUCUUAUGGGUAUAUACUUGAAGUUACAUCUCGAAAAAGGCAUAAAUGGGAAGAUAAGACGGUUCGUGAAGAUAGGACACGGCAUCGUCGGGAAGGCUCUACCUGUCCUAUCUUGGACGCAAAUGUUGUUUGGUGGUAUCACGGCUCUUGGGUUUUGUCAGGGUGAUCAUCUCGGUCAAUGUCUCGCCCAUUUCAUUAUGGGUAGUGCUUUCAUUGCCUACGGUAUCCUCUUGACGAUCCUAUUAUUAGUUGGGCAGUUAUGGAUCAGGCGUACCGGACGGUCCCAGGAGUUCUUUGACAGUUCUGUUAUCGCCGCCUGGGGAGUUGUUAACACUUUUACCGAACACCGAUGGGGUACCGCUUGGGUCAAGAAUGAUUGGCAGCAUACCACUAUGGGUAUCGUAUGGUGGGCUGCAGGUCUGGCAGGAAUCUGGUUAAGCAAAGACCGAGACGGCAGACCUCAACGCAAUUUCAUUCCCGGUUUCGUUAUUUUGAUCACUGGCUGGGCUAUGAGUGCUCAUCCCCAAGAGCUGAUGAUCAGUGCUGAAACCCACAAGAUGUUUGGAUACACACUCAUGGCUGCUGGUGCCACUCGUAUGAUCGAGGUAUCAUUUGUUCUUCGGGAUCGCCCUGGUUUAUCUGAAGAUGGCCGUGAGACGAGUAGCUUUCAAUUUGUCCCCGCAUUUUUGCUUUAUGCUUCCGGAUUCUUGUUCAUGGGCGCGACGGAAGAACAAAUGGCUCUCGUUGCUGCGUCAGGCAUGGACCACGUUGCCUACAUAUUGAUUUUGUACUCGCUCGCCUUUCUAGUAUUCCUCUUCACCAAUGCUCUUCUCGGUGUAUACGAUCGUAACGCCACACCGGCGCUUCCUAAUAAGGAUCUAGCGAAUGGUCGAUUAGGACCGCGUGUUAAUGGAAAUGUGCCUGUAAGGGAUGCCCAAGAAUUUGAAUUGGAAGGCUUAAUGAGCGAUGAUGAAGAUGAAGGCGUAAGGGACACGAGAGAUGAUGGUAGCGGCCUUAACAGCCCUAGUACCGUGGGAAAGAAUAGCGACGGGAUAGCUCACUAAUCACCGCCGAGUCGAAUUAAACAGCGAUUCUCAAGAGUAACGACUACAAUCGACCUAGAGAGGUUAGCAAUCUUGUUAAUAUUGCAUAGGCCACAGGCGUUUGGACUAGGUCUUGGGGGGGUUAAAUCAUAAGCGGCCUUAUUCGAAUUCCACAUAUCUGUAUAUCAACGAUGUAGCAUGCACCAGCAUUAAUUUCGCGUUAUAAAUCGAGCAACUCGAAUAAAACACUACGGUGUCUCCAAACCGAUAUCAUUAUACAAUGUGAUUGAAUAGAAACGGUGCGAGUUGGAUGGGGUAUACGAGAGGGUACCCAGUGCCAACAAGAUAAAGAAUGAGUUUGCCAACGUACCCACGAACGGCGUUACCAGACCUAACUUCUAGA